AUGAUUAAAAAGGAUUAACAGCAAUCUUUGUUGUUUUUCUCAUUUGGUAGUAAUAAAUUUUUUCUUUAGAUGCUUAUAUCUACAUAUAGCUUAAUUCUCAUAUUACAAUUAGCCUUACAUGAUAGCAGAGUGUCAUUUGAGUUGUCAAAGAUUUUACAUUUCCAGAUCAAACUUUUUAGAAUAAAAUAUCUAUAAAAUCACUAUUAUUAUAAUAUCAUUAUUGGCUUUAUAUUGGGUAGUUGUCUGGUUAUAAAUAUCAGGAGCUAUGCUAGAGUAGUUACGGAUCAAUUUGCUUAUAUCUUUGGAAUUUUAUUAUAUUGA